GGAAAUAAAAAAAUGGUGCUCACAGAAUAUUGGUAAUAUGGAGAAGAAAAUUGCUGACCUUAAAAGAGAGUUGCUGGCCGUCCAAAGCUCGCCUGGCUCAAGUUCCAACAUCUCUAAAGAAAAAGCUAUUCAAGAUGAAAUAGAACUCUAUCUAGCAAUGCAAGCUGUAUACUGGAGAACACGUUAUAAGCAAGAAGAAGUGAAUGAUGGUGAUAGAAAUACAAGAUUUUUCCAUCAAUCAGUAAUCAACCGAAGGUCAAGAAAUAAAAUCUCUGCAAUUCAGCUAGAAGACUCUUCAUGGACCAUUGAUCAAUCAAUUAUCUCCCAAGAAUUUGUGAAGUAUUUCAGUAAUAUGUUUAAGGCUGAUCCGCAAAAUCCAGCUGACUUCUCUUUCCUUGAUUCCCUUCAUGCCAUUUCUCCUGAAAAUUGUACUGCUUUGAAUAGUAUACCGGAUAAAGAUGAAAUUUUGUCUGUUAUCAAGUCAAUGGUUCCUACAAGGCUCCUGGACCAGAUGGCUAUUCAGCUCUUUUUUACAAAAAGAGUUGGACGUUCAUUGGUGAUGAGGCUAAGGGGUUUUCUGAAAGACAUGAUAUCAUGGAACCAAAAUGCUUUUGUUCCAGGCAGGCAAAUCAUCGACAAUAUAGUGAUUACCCAAGAGAUCCUUCAUUCAAUGCGGUCGACAUCAAUUCAAUCAGGGGUCUUCGCUUUGAAGGUCGAUAUGUCAAAAGCGUAUGACAGAGUGAGUUGGAGCUACCUUGAUCAGAUUCUAAACGGUUUCAGAAUAACCGGAAAUAUCCACAAGCUAAUCAUGAACUGUGUCUGCAAUACUUCUUUCUAACUGCUUAUUAAUGGUUGCCCGCAAGGUAAUUUUCAUGGAGAAAGGGGCCUCCAACAAGGGUGUCCACUUUCUCCAUAUUUGUUUAUUAUGUGUACACAGGGUCUCUCUUGGUUACUCAAUAAAGCAGCAAGUGAAGGUCGUUUUGAGGGCUAUAAAGUAAAUCAUUAAGCCCCUUGCAUCACGCAUCUGAUGUUUGCCGACGACUUAUUUUUCUUUGGUCGUGCCACCAACAGGUCGGUGCAAGCCAUCAAAGAUAUUUUGGGGGAGUAUGAAAAUUGGUCUGAACAGAAAGUCAACCACACAAAGUCCUCAAUCCACUUCAGCAAAAAAAUGAAUCCGCAACGAAAAAUAGAUUUUGCAGACAUUCUUGGUGUGACAAUUAUGAAGAAUACAGAUAAAUACUUGGGUUGGUUCUUGCUUCAGUCAUGGUACUUGUGUGCUUCUUAUGAUUUUUUGAUCCAGAAAUUUUAUGCAAAACUAAAUGGUUGGAGGUCAAAAUAUCUAACUCAUGCUAGAAGAACCAUAUUAAUACAAUCCACAUUGGCUUCAAUCCCUAUUUAUUAUAUGGGAAUCUGCUUUCUUCCGGUCUCUGUUAUUGCAAAAAUAAAAAGAAUACAAUGUGCUUUUUGGUGGGGACACGAAGAUUCAAAGAGACGGUUGCACUUUCUCAACUGGGAUUAUUUCUGCCGCCCGAAAAAUGAAGGAGGACUAGGAAUAAGAAACAUGGAAAUGGUUAACAAAUCUCUUGUGGCGAAACUAGCAUGGAGGUUCAUCACAGAAAAAGAUGCAAUCUGGGUAAAAUUAUUAACAACCAAGUACCUAAAAAGUUCUUCGUUUUGGGAGUGCAAUCGGCCAAAGAAAGUAAAUAGAACUUGGGAUAGUAUUCUCAAAGUUCGAGAUAUGUUGAGACGGGGUGCUUGUUGGAGUGUAGGAACUGGUAAUUGCAUAAAUCUGUUAUCGGAUCCUUGGAUACCAAAUCUCCCUCGAUAUAAGCCAAUCUCCACUCCUAACCAACAAAGUAUAACCAAGGUCAGGGAGCUGAUAAGUGAGGAUGGCAAGGCUUGGGACAUUGACAGACUAAGAAACUCCUUCUCAGAUUUGGAAGUUGAGGCUAUUACGUCCAUACACAUACCACAAAGCUACUGUGAAGAUCGUCUGGUUUGGACUUAUAUACCGACAGGUAUAUUCACCGCCAAAUCUGUUUACAAACUUCUUCAGUCUGAUAUGGGUUCUACUUCUUCGUUAUCAAAUAAUAUGCAUUGGAAAUCAUUUUGGAAAACAAAGGGAUUAAGCCCAAGGGUAUUACACUUUAUAUGGCGAUUAGUGAGCGGAGCCUUAGCUCUAAAGGAGAAUAUCGCCAGACUUGUUAGAGAAGCAGACACAACUUGUCCGUUCUGCAAAUCUUCUACGGAAACAACAUGCACAUUUUCUUUGAGUGUGACUUUUCAAGAAGGGUGUGGAUACAAAGCCCUUUGGAAUUCCGGUUAAGACCCGACAACGAUUCGGUUGCAGACAUCAUUAAUGAAUGGUUUGUUUCUGAUCCAAAUGGUUAUGGUUUAAUGUUAGCUUGUCAUAUUCUAUGGCAGAUUUGGAAGUCCAGAAACGAUUACAUCUUUAAGAACCUUAAUCCUAAUCCUUCGUCAGUAAACAUCAAUGCGAUUAGAUUGUCUCAGGAAUAUGAGAAUCAUGACGACUGGGAAGAAGUAAUAUAUGACAGUGUCAAUGAGGAGAGGGGUAGCAACAAAGGCUGGAAUACUUUACCACCAGAUUACUACAAGAUAAAUGUAGAUGGGGCUUUCAUAAAUUUAACGUAUGAUAGUGCUUGGUCAGCUGUAGCUAGAGAUGAAUAUGGUCAAUACCGAGGGUGUAGAAGCUGCUUCGGACGCUCAUAUUCUCCUCUGGAAGCUGAGGUAAAGAGCUUUCAACUAGGUCUACAAUUGGCAAACGAUCUGGGGUUUAAGAAAGUUAUUCUCGAAGGAGAUUCUUUAACUGCAGUACAUCUGAUCAAAGGCGACAUCAAUGAUUUCCCUUGGAAGAUUCGAGGCCUGCUAUUUGAUAUCCAAAACCAGUUACACACUUUCGAAGAUGUAAAGGUCACUUUCAGCAGUCGUGACACAAAUGAAGCUGCUCACGAUUUAGCAAAGUUUUCCUUGUCUAAUAAAAUAUCUGAUGCUUGGACUACAUAUGUCCCCCCUUGUAUUACCAGUGCUUUGCACUCGGACUCUUUAUGCAAUUAAUAUAAGUGAAAACUACAAUCACAA